AAACGAAAAAAACGAAAAAACAAUCCAAGAAUACAACUACCAGCUUCGCAGAAACUAUGAACAAGUUAUUAACAGCUACUGCAGAGCCUCAUUGCCAAGAAUCUCCAAUUUUAUCACGAUCAAAAGAUAUAGAGCGUCGAAUAAAUGAGGCUAAACUUGAAUAUAGAGCACGUAGAGCUAUAAAUAUGGAAAAGAAGAAGCUCGCAUCCAAAGAUCGUGUAAAAACUAAUCUCACUUCUAUUGAUUAUGAGUGGAAAUUGAGGAAGCUAGCCACUAGAGGAGUUGUACAACUGUUUAACGCGAUCCGUAAAUCUCAAAAGGUUACGGAUGACGCAGUAAAAGCCGCUGGUGGCGAGAUAAAAUUAACUACGAGAGAUGCAAAAGAUGACACUUUCCUCGCAAAAAAAGACAAAGAAACACGAGCACUUCUUCCAACAAAUUUUCUCAUAUUACAAAUGUCUGCUGUUGCAACUGUCCCUUGCCAGUAUAGAACUGGUAAAACGCUAGGUCAAGGCACCUAUGCCGUGGUAAAAGGGGAAUAUUUUGCCGUAAAAGUCAUCAACAAAAAGUUGAUGGAAGGUAGAGAGCAUAUGGUCCGAAAUGAAAUCACUGUUUUAAAGAGAAUUUCACAAGGGCACAGAAACAUUUUAACAUUACAAGAUUACUUUGAGACCGUAAAUAAUCUGUACUUAGUAACGGAUUUGGCCCUUGGUGGCGAGCUCUUUGAUCGUAUUUGUGCGAAGGGUAGCUAUUUUGAACGUGACGCGGCUCAUCUUGUUAGAAGUAUAACAGAAGCUGUUGCGUACUUGCACGACAACGGAAUUGUGCACAGAGAUCUUAAGCCAGAAAAUCUUCUUUUUAGAACCAAAUCGGAGGAUUCCGAUCUUCUUAUUGCCGAUUUUGGUCUUUCUCGGAUCAUUGAUUCUGAAAAAUUCCAUGUUCUUACCACCACAUGUGGUACACCUGGUUAUAUGGCACCCGAAAUUUUCAAAAGAACUGGUCAUGGUAAGCCUGUAGAUUUAUGGGCUAUAGGAGUAAUUACAUUCUUUUUAUUAUGUGGAUAUACGCCAUUUGAUAGGGAGAGUAGCGUUGCAGAAGUGGAAGCUAUUGUUCGAGCUGAUUAUAAAUUCGAACAUCCGUACUGGGAAGGGAUCAGUGAGACUGCUAAAGAUUUUAUCAAUAAACUAUUAAAUGUUGAUCCUGACAGUCGUCUUACUGCCCAUCAAGCUUUGUCUCAUCCAUGGCUUUCUGAACCUUUACCUAGCCCAACUGGUGGAUUUCAAAAUAGGGAUUUGUUGAAUAGUGUUCGCGAAAAUUUCAAUGCUCGUCGAACAUUCAAAAAGGCUGUUGAUGCAGUUAAAGUUAUUAAUAGCCUCAAAAGUCAUUCAAGAAGUGCUAGUCUUGCCAACUUAUUAGAAACAUCAAGAGCUGAAGCAGAUGAAGAUGUCCAACAG